AAAAAGUUCUUUUACGUCUGGUCUUCGACCAAUUUAGGAAUAUAAUAAAUAUAUUUACAAAAUAAAAUCGAAUACAUUAAAUAUCAUAAAUAAAACAGUUUAUUAUAUUAAGAAAUAACCAAAAAUGGUCUCCAAAAAGAAGAAGAAGUAUUCCUCUGGAGAAGGAGCUCAGUUUAUGACCAGAAAAGCCGCUCUGAAAAAAUUGCAAUUAACGUUGAAGGAUUUUCGACGUAUUUGUAUUCUGAAAGGAAUUUAUCCUAGAGAACCUAGAAACCGUAAGAGAGCACAAAAGGGUCAAGGAGGCAUCAAAACGUUAUAUCAUACAAAAGACAUAAAAUUUCUUUUACACGAACCCAUAUUAUGGAAAAUAAGAGAAUUAAAAGUAUAUCAACAAAGAAUUCGACGAGCAAGAGCUAUGAAGAAAUAUGGACAAAUGAAAAAGUAUUUCAGAGACUAUCCUGAUAUGAACAUAGAUCAUAUAGUGAAAGAACGCUACCCCACAUUUGUAGAUGCAUUGCGAGAUCUAGAUGAUUGUCUUACCCUUUGUUUCCUAUUCAGCACUUUUCCAUCAAUAAGACGGGUACCAAGAGACCAAUCACUGUUGUGUAGAAGACUUACUGUGGAAUUCAUGCAUGCAGUCAUAGCGGGGAAAGCACUACGUAAUGUAUUUGUGUCAGUCAAAGGUUACUAUUAUCAAGCUGAAUUUGAAGGUCAGACUAUUACUUGGAUUGUGCCCCAUCAUUUUUCAUUCCAGCCUCAAAGCAAGGAUGAUGUUGACUUUAAAAUAAUGUCUACAUUUGUUGAAUUCUACAUUACAAUGCUGGGUUUUGUAAAUUUCAAACUUUACCACUCACUGAAUUUGGUAUAUCCUCCAAAAUUGACAUCUGGAUUCUCUUCCAACAACGACAAAGAUCUUAUUGAUGAAAGGGCUUAUGUGUCAGAGAGAAUAUCUGCUAUGAAUAUACCACUUGUCAAAGUAUCAGGUGUUGGAGAACCUGAAGAAGUACCUGAGAUUGAUAUUUUCAACACAGAAGAAGAUCCCCAGAAAUUAGAAGAAGCUAAGCUAGAAGCUGAAAAGAUAAAUAAGUUGAAGACUAUGUUUGAUGGCAUCAAGUUCUAUCUUAAUCGAGAAGUGCCUAGAGAGCCUCUAGUAUUCCUGAUUCGCUGCUUUGGAGGCUUAGUAUCUUGGGACCGUGAUCAUUUUGUAGGUGCAACAUUUGAUGAGUCUGAUGAAUCUAUUUCAUACCAAAUAGUUGACAGACCCAGUAUGGAGAAGCAAUAUCUCUCCCGUUAUUAUGUGCAACCUCAAUGGGUAUUUGAUAGUGUGAAUGCUAGAACAUUGCUACCUAUAAAUAAGUAUCUUAUGGGAGCUGUAUUACCACCACAUUUGUCUCCAUUUGUUGACAAAACUAAAGAUCAGGUAUAUGUUCCACCUGAACAACGAGCUCUUAAUGAUCCAGAAUUUAAACCGUUAGAUGAUGAUGAUGAUGAUGGUGAAAUUGAAGAAGCCAGCGAUGAGGAAGAUGGAGAACAAAGUGACGAGGAAUCUGAGGACGACACAGAGGAAGCUUUAGCAAAACAAUAUCAGGAAGAGGUGAAUCAGGAAUCAUCUUCAGAAGAAGAGAAUGAAACAAAUGCACAGAAAAAAAAAUUGGCUAAAGAAAAGAAAAAGGCUAUGGCGGUGACAAGUGGUGUUCCUCACAAGGACAAUCCAUAUGAAAAAGAGAUUGAAGACAAACAAGCAUUCAGAUUACGUGAGAAACUUGUUCGUAAAAAACAUAGAAAUCUCUACAAAAGCAUGAAAGCAGGACAAGAAAAAAGGAAGAAAGAAAUAUGGCUUCUGAGAAAGAAGAGAAGGCUUCAUGAUGAAAAAGCUAAAGAGGAAAGAAAAUCAGAGAAACGGAAACAAAAAAUGCAAGCAUUGGAAGCUGCUUCUGCUUAAUUUGAGAAAUAAAUACGACACUUUUAAUAAACAAUGUUUUUUAUUCUAUU